AGGGAAUAUAAAAAUGUGGAACUUAUAAUAAGAGAAAAUGGUUUUUCAAAACUCUUUAAAAUUUACUGAGUAUUUAGCGUACGUCGAUCCUCAGAGCAUGAAGUGCUCAAUAGCAAAAGCUUUGGAACCUUCACUCUUAAAGUUCUCAUUUUUACACUAAAUAUUGCAAUAGUUUUUACUUCCGCUGAUACCCUUCCAAGUGGUUUGUCUUUCAUUUUUUGUGACCAUUUGUUUCCCCCCUCCGAAUCAAGCCACCACGCAGAAACAAACGCAUACCAUAACUUAAGCGUUCUCAAAAGCGCUCUCACAUGACAGAUAAGUAGUUAUGUAUGCAUGGGUUAAUUUGAUUAUCGUUCUCCCUGCUGAGGUGGUGUGCUUGGUUGGCUAGCUGUCAGCGGUUUCGCUCGUUGGCUGCCAGAUUAUAUGACUCGACGCUACUAGACGCAAGCUUCAGUCUACAAAUCGCACUUGUCGGAGCAACUACAAAAAAAGAAAGGCCUACAAGGCGGAAAAUAUAAAAGUUAUUGAAAAAAGUAUACAUAAGAAAACAAUAACAUUUAAGUAACUUAAUAGAACGGAAAUCAUGAAAUUGUGAAAUCAAUGUUUCAACAAAGCAACGAAAAUAUUUAAAGAAUCUUUGUAGUGAAAUAACUAAAGGCAAAGGUCUAAAGUGUAAAGUAAAAGCAAAAUAUAAGUAAAUUUGAUGUGUAUGGAAGAUAAGUCAGCCAGCCAUACUUGCUAAAGUUGUCUAAAUUAAUUAUUGCUCUGGUGCAAUAAGAAUAUCUAAAUGUGAACUAAAUGAAAUAAGACAAAGUGAAAGAAAGUAAAAGAUACAAAGGAACAAAAAGCGAAAGUCAAAUUUCCAACCAUAAAAAAGAUAACGGUAUAACGGCUAGAACUGUAUAGCCCAACCAAAACAUGGCCGAAAAAUAAGUAUGUGGAUAUACUAAAAAUCAAAUGGUCAAUCUGUAAAUGUGUGUACCUACUAAGUACAAUACAAAGUCUAAUAAAUAACUGACGAUUAUAAAAGAAUACUACGACGAGCGAAAGCAAAGCAGAAGCCAGUUCCACCGUCUACUUUUAGUACGGGGCGUUGCUACCAAGAAAGCAGACGUCUACGCGCAGAAAACUCAACAACUUUUAAACUUAAUUACUAACUAACUAACUAAAAGUAGCCGAAACGGCCACAAAAUGAAUAGCCUAGUAAAGGUGUUCAGUAACUUCAGAGAGUUCUACAAUGAAAUCAAUGGUGCUACACUCACCGGUGCCAUCGAUGUGAUCGUGGUUGAGCAGCCGGAUGGUGAAUUUCAAUGUUCACCCUUCCAUGUGCGCUUUGGUAAAUUGGGUGUGUUACGGAGUCGCGAGAAAGUGGUUGACAUCGAGAUCAAUGGCGAGCCCGUCGACAUACAUAUGAAGCUGGGCGACUCCGGUGAGGCAUUCUUUGUGGAGGAGUGUCCCGAAGAGGAUGUGGAAGCAUUGCCAGAGAAUAUGGCUACCUCGCCAAUACCGAGCAGCUAUUUCCCAAACAAAUAUGACAAUGAUACAUUAAUGGGCGAUACACUCGAGAGCAAAACAAUAAUUGCUAGCGAUGACAUACAACUGCCGCUGCCAUUGCCGCGUCGUAAUUCCAUUGACUUUUCAAAAGAGACCGAAAAGGAAGAUCAAGUGCCGAAAUUUGAGAAUCAAGUCUCAGAUUUUAGUCACAGAAGACACACCGACAAUACAUUGGAGCGACGCAAUCUUAGUGAAAAACUACAAGAGUACACUACGCAAAAGCUGCGACAAGAGUGGGCCGAACAUGAGGAGAUUUUUCAAUUUGAAGCCGUUGAAAGAGAGAAGGAAUGGAUUAACAGCACACAAACUGAAAGCAAAAUUCAACAGAAAUCCAACACAGACGUCGCACCCACACCAACGAUCAGCGUGCAGCCAGCUUCCAAAGAUGAGCUUCCCGCGAAACUGAAUAACACGAACAAUACAAAUAAUAUAAACAGCAACAUCAACACACCCACUACUACAACCGAAGCUAUCUCCAACAAUACUAGUCCAAAGGAUGAAUCCAAAGGUGGCAAGAAGAAACGCCGCAAGAAGUCACAAAUGAAGAAGAAGAAUGCACAACGCAAGUCUUCGUCGAGCAGUUCAAUUGGCAGCACCACACCCAUGGAGGGCGCCAACGGUAAUAACACGAAUGCCGAUGAGGGUGACGGCAUUUCCAUUUCGAAUAACACCAACUCAUCGUCGAAUGAGGAGAUUGCCACAGCAAAAUCAAAUAACGAUCAACAGUCGGCACCGCUCGUCUCCGCCACGGCUGGUGAUGAGAGUCCCAUUAGCGAAACAUGCCAAACAUCACCGAUUACGCCUAGCACACGUAUACCAGAUCUUGAUAUACACUUUUUCAGCGAUACCGAGAUAACACCAUCGGGUGGUGCUAGCAGUUGUGUGGGACGCGGUUCUGGACGUCCCUCCACACCCAUACAAAGCGAUAGCGAAUUGGAGAUUUCGUUGCGUGAGAAAGAUGUCGAUGCUGAAUUGAUAUCGAAUACCGCUUCAUGGAAAUGGGGUCAAUUGCCUACACCCGAUGCGAGCGAGAAGGUGGACGGCAGCGGUGACCAGUCGGCACAAACGCAAGCACAACGCAACUCAAUGCUGAGUGGCAUGUUUAAUUUUAUGAAGAAAACCAAUAAAAUGCGUAAACAGGCCACCGAUGGUGGUGUAUACUUGUCCGAUUUGGAUGCCGAAGGUAUGGAUCCAGAAAUGGCUGCAUUAUAUUUCCCACAGCCGCGGCUGUCGAAGUCGACAAAUAAUGCCAGCGCUGAUGCUGGCACAACUACCAGCACACUGUUACAAUCCGGCGAUGAUGAUCGUGAAAGUGGCAAUGGCACCAGUUUGCCGCAUUCGCCUAGUUCAAUGGAGGGUCAGAAGAGCGUGGACUCGGACUACGAUGAUGGCAAGCCACAAGAUGCAAAAUACCUCGACUUUGUGGCGAUGUCAUUGUGUGGUGUCGGUGACAAAGGCGAGCCAUCAGAUGAAGAGUUCGAUCAACACAUGAUUAAAUAUUCUGAUGUUUGCGAAAAUCCCAGUUUGUUCUCAUCGCCAAAUCUAGUUGUACGCCUGAAUGGCAAAUACUACACCUGGGCAGCUGCAUGUCCAAUUGUCAUGACCAUAAUAACAUUCCAGAAACCACUGACUAACGAUGCCAUUGAACAGCUGAUGAGCAAUGCCAAACCCGAUGAAGCGGUGAACAAGAGCGAACCAGAUGGCACCACAGCUGGCGCUCAAUCAAAACGUUCCUGGUGGAAUUGGAGGCGUUCACAAGUUGGCGCCGUACCAAAUUCUAAUAAGAUUGCCAAACCAGAUGAUAAGGAUGAUGAGCGAGAUGCCGACCAAGCUGCCGUGGCCACACAAACAACACGUCCCAACUCCCCAGAUAUUAGUGAGAAUACACUAAGCAAAACCGACUCGACGCUCAAUGCUGAAAACACAUCAGCGCAAGUUGAAAAUCUCGAGGACUUAUCGCAAGCCUCCUCGAAAGGUGAAGCAACCAGUAGUAACGGUAACAAAAAUGAACGUUACAAGAAGAGCUUGCGCCUUAGUUCGGAAGCAAUUAAACAAUUGAACUUGAAGGAUGGCAUGAACGAAAUUGAGUUCAGCGUCACCACCGCCUAUCAGGGUACCACACGCUGCAAAUGCUAUCUCUUCCGUUGGAAGCACAACGACAAGGUUGUCAUUUCCGAUAUCGAUGGCACGAUCACCAAAUCGGAUGUGCUCGGUCACAUUUUGCCAAUGGUCGGCAAAGAUUGGGCCCAAUUGGGUGUGGCACAAUUGUUUUCGAAAAUCGAACAAAAUGGCUAUAAGUUAUUGUAUUUAUCCGCACGUGCCAUAGGGCAAUCACGUGCCACACGUGAAUACUUACGUUCCAUACGUCAGGGCGAUGUUAAGUUACCCGAUGGGCCAUUGUUGCUCAAUCCUACAUCACUUAUUUCGGCAUUCCAUCGUGAGGUGAUCGAACGCAAGCCGGAACAAUUUAAAAUCGCUUGCCUCUCCGACAUACGCGAGCUCUUCCCCGACAAGGAUCCCUUCUAUGCCGGCUAUGGCAAUCGCAUCAAUGAUGUAUGGGCCUAUCGCGCUGUUGGUAUACCAAUUAUGCGCAUUUUCACCAUUAACACUAAGGGCGAAUUGAAGCAUGAGCUAACACAAACAUUCCAGUCAUCAUACUGCAGCAUGACAUACAUUGUGGAUCAACUAUUUCCACCCAUACGCGACGAUGAGGGCGCUGUAGAAUACUCCAAUUUCAAUUAUUGGCGCGAUCCUAUACCGGAAUUGGAUUUAGUUUUGGAUAAUAGUAGCACCGAAACCAACAACACCAGCCACAAUGUUGAAGUAAAUGCAUUGCUGCAAAAGGGCUUAGCAACCAUUCCAGAAAAUUAAUAACCAACAACAAAAUAAAACUAAUAUAUAAAUAAAAAUAAAUGAUAACUGUAAACCAUACCAAAAACACGAAUGUAGUGUAUAACACAGUAUAAGUUUUGAAUAUAAGUACUAUUUAGUUGCGCUUACGCUUUGCAAUUUUUUAAUGGUAUAUGCUUACGUACUUAGCAACUAGUUUUCCUUGAUUUAAUUUGCAAUAAUAUUACACGUGUGAAAUAACAACUUUAAAAUGGAUUAUGCACACAAAAAGCUUAUACAAAAUAAUUGUUUUUGAUAGAAUUUCUUUUUUCUUUGAGUUUUCAAAAUAUCUUCGAAGUGUUAACAAGCAUUCUAAAUACUAUUAUUACAGGAUUUUCGAAAAGUCUCUUGCAAAUUUUCAACUUUUUGAGCAAAAUUCUAAAAAAAAAUAUAUUUUAUGAAUUUUUCGCCCAUUUUUUAUAAUGUUUCGUAUGGCUGGUUACAUUGAAGAUUUCAAUAUUCUCGCAAAUUAAACUCAAAAACCAAUAAACAGAAAAUUGUUAGUAAGAAAUGAAUGAGACUACAACAACAAUGUGUGAGACUUUUACUAAAAAGUAAUGAUCUCAGUUUUAGAUAUUAUAAAAAUGUUUUCUAAGCUGACCAAUCGAUAAUAGAUAACGCUACUUACCCUCCGUAGUUACUCAAAUUAUUAAAAAAAAAAAUAUUGAUAAUUGCCAAGAAAUCGAUUUGUCUGUGACGAAAUACGAAAAUGUUCUGCAAAUUUAAAAGAAAAAUAAACAAAACUGUUAAAAUAGCAUUAUUGGCUCAAAAAUUAAUUAAAGGAGUUUUUAGGUAUCGAAACGCAUCAGUUUGAUUCAGAAAGUUUUUGUCCACUUAAAAUAUUGGUUUACUUAAUUAAACAAAAAAAAUUUAAAAACAUAUUCAUUUGUAUUGACAGCUACUUAUAGUUUUUGGAAAAGUUUCAAGUUUAAUAAUAUGGCAAAAACUAAGUGAAAUUAAAAAUAAUCCUUUUGCUUCUAUAUGAAAUGUAUAAUGAAAACCAGAAACAAGUUUAGUAUUUUGGUAUAGAAAACAAUUAUUUCAAUAAUUAUUAAUUUAUAUUAUUUAGAGUACACAUCAUUGUGAAUUGAUUUUAUAUUCCUACUACUUUUAAAGCAUUAAUUAGAACUGAAAUAAAUGUGUUUUAUAAAGUUUAUGCUUCUUCUAUGUUCUAGUUACAAAUAACUUAUACAUAAAACUACUAAGACUAUUACAAAAACAAAAUAUUUCAAAAUACUAUCAUCAAUACAUGCACCUAUACAUUCUUAAACAAUGGUGUAUGCAAUAAAAAAAUAUUUUUUUGUAAAAUACUUUAAAUAAAAUACAAAAGUGGGGUUCUUACUAUUUCUACCACUAACUAUUACAAUUUACAUAUGUAUAUUCUCAAAAUGUACAUAUGUAUGAAUGUACAUGACUAUGACAUGUAUGUAGUUGCCAAUCGGUGCAGGUUUCUAUCUCUAAUAUUCAUAUGUUUAUUCAAAUAAUUAUAAUUCUUAUGUUAUUAUAAUUGUGAUAAAUUUUAAGGUCUCCAUUCUAUAGCUGUAAGAAAUAUUCAUUAGAAAUUGAAAAGCCACAAAAAUUAUUUUUGUUUCGUAGAAUUAUAAUAUUUAAUGUUGCUUUGGGUCUUUUAAAUUUUUAUUAGUUUUAUUAGUAAUAAAUUUUUGUUAAUGUGAUAUAUUUGAAAAAAAGCAACUAUUGUAAUAAAAAACAUUCAUCUACUGCAUCAGUUGUAUUACAAAUGUAUAUGUUCUCGUUUUAAACUAUACUUCAUAUUUUAUUUAUCAUAAAAAAUUUACUUUAAGUUUAAAUUUUUUUGAAUAAUAUUUCAAUGCAUUUAUUCCAUUUAUUAUGCCAAUUUGCGUCUAAAAAUUAUAAUUUCAAAUUGUAUGCGUUGCACAAUAUUAAUUUUAGUUUAUUUGAAAUACAUAUAAACAUACUUAAAUGCAUGUAUAUGUACACUAAGUCCCUAGCAACUUCCGGCUUUGUUUUUCCGGCUAAUAAAGUAUGUGGGCCUAAAAAACAAUAUGAAUCGCCUAGACGACAACUCGGGCAUUCAUAAUCAUAAUCAUAUACCCGCCUACCACAAACAGGAACGUGGCAAUUGGCAAAAAACUUUCAAUUUUACAAGUUACCCUUUAGCGCCUAAACAGUGUGUCUUAAAAGAAUUAAACUAUCUGAUUGUGGUAGAUGCAUAUGUGCACUUUACAUAGAGAUGUUAACAUCUUAAAUGGGUUGAACGCAAGAGUGACAAUCGAAAACCCAAAAAACUCAAAAUACCUAGCAACUUCCGGUUUUGUUUUUCCGGCUAAUAAAGUAUGUGGGCCUAAAAAACAAUAUGAAUCGCCUAGACGGCAACUCGGGCAUUCAUAAACAACAUCAUAUACCCGCCUACCACAAACAGGAACGUGGCAAUUGGCAAAAAACGUUCAAUCUUACAAGUUACCCUUUAGCGCCUAAACAGUGUGACUUAGAAGAAUUAAACUAUCUGAUUGCGGUAGACGUCCCUUAUUUCCCCAAGUUGAUUUUUUCCUGCAAACGCCCCCCAAGUGUCAGUUUUUGUCCUAAAAACAAGAAUCCAACGUAAACUAACUUUUUAUAUUAAAUUUAAAUCAUGCCUAAAUCAUUUUACUUUUUCCAUAAUAUUUCAUAAGGUAUUUUUCAAUCACACACACAACACGCCACAACUUUGAAAAAGUGAUAUUCUAUUACAAAAUUUUCCGCUCUACAAAAAAGAUUUCAAUGAGUUUUUUCAUAAGAAUAUUACUUUUAAAGUUAUAUGCGGUUAAAGUUAUGCAUCAAAUGUAGUGUAUUCAUACAGUACACCAUGUCGUAUAAGCAACACUUGUGUGAAUGCUCAGGCUAUUUGAUACACACAUAACUUCAACUGCCUCUAACUUUUAAAUGAACGUUUUUAUGGAAAAAUCACUAAGAUCUUUUUGUAGUGCGAAGAAAUAUGUUGUAUUGGAAUAUCACUUCUGCAAAAUUUAAGAUUUACUUGCUUAACGCAAAAUAUCCAAAACUCUCUAUGUUAUACAUUUGUACAUACAUAGGUAUAUUCGGAAAAAGAAAUAUAAUUUAGGUACGUUUUAAAUUGAAAAUAAGUAGCUUGUUUGUGUUGGAUCCUUGUUUUUAGAGCAAACACUGAAACUUCAGGGGGCGUAUGCAAAAACACAAUCAACUUGUGAAAUAACGAACACUAUGAAAAGUAUAUACAUAGAAGUUGUACAUAGGGCAUUUUACGAAUAAUAAUAUUCGGUUUGCACUAUCCGGAUAGUCGUAAUUUGUCGACUAUUUGAUUAACCGUUCAUUUUCGACUGUUCGGUUAACCGUUCGUUGUCGACUAUACGAAUAGUAAGCGUUCAUUCAAAAACACAA